AUGGCCUGGUCUCGAGCUCGGCCAGCCCGAUGUGCUGCCGCGCUGCUGGCCGUGACCCUCUACAGGGCCAUCUCCGGCCGGCAGAUGGCUUUCCUUCCACCUCCCAGAGAGCGGGUGAUCUCAAAUAGGGAUGCGCAGAUGGCGGGAGUUUCCCUUGGCCUUGUGGCUGCAAAUCCAUCGCCCGCCCACGCCUUUGAGAUGCCGAACCUCGGCCAAUUCUUCAGCACAGUCUGGAAGGUUGUGUCGACGGGGAGCGACGAGGUCUACGAUCCCACGACCGAGGAGGGAGCCAAGGCUCUUGGCUUGGCGGUGCCUCUGCCAAAGGAUGGCUUUGGGGAGGUCACAACUGACGAUGUGCUGCCCUUUGCGCUGUUCUUGCUGGCGGCCCCUUCCUCAGUCGGUGCUGUUUCCAUCCCAAGUUCCAAAGCUGCAGGCACAGUGCUACAAGCAACCUUGAUUGCUUUUCCUUUCGUGAUAAUGGUGGUCACGUUGAAAGCCCUCGUGCAAGCCGACCAGUUGAGUCUUCAGGACUUGGACUUGAUCACUGAUGGCUCUGUCUACGGUGCCUUCAGCCUGGUUCUGAGCUUUACCUUGGUUUUUCGGUGCCAGCAAGCCUACCAGCGAUAUACUGCCUCGGCCAAAGCGAUGCACACUAUGAGCUCGGAAUGGAUAGAUGCCUGCGGCAGCUUGCUGUCUUUCGUCAAAGUUUCCAAGAAAUCUACUGGUGAGAGGCAGCAGUUUGAGGGCGUACUCGUCCGAUUGUUUUGCCUCAUGCAUGCAUGCGCCAUGGAGGAUCUCUGCAACAAGGGAGAUCACUUCAAGCUCCUGGACAUCGAGGCAUUCGUGACGGAGGACCUCGCUCUCUUGAAGCAGCCUGCAAAUGCGAACACGCUCGAGAAUCCCAAAUCCAUGCAGAUACAAUAUGUUUUCAUUUGGAUCAAGUAUUUGAUUGUGCAAGGGAUCGACAGUGGCUUGCUUAGCAUCCCACCGCCCAUCCUGACGCGCGUCUACCAGGAGAUUGGCGCGGGCAUGGCUGAGUUUCAUGAAGCGCAGAUGAUCUCGAUGUGGCCCUUCCCGUUCCCGUAUGCACAGCUUAGCCUUUUCCUUUCGGUGCUCCACUUGUUUUUGGCGCCGAUCAUCAUGGUGAAGUACACAAGUGGUGUAUGGGCAGCAGCGCUGCUGACCUACAUCUCCAUCGUAUGCGUUAUGUCCCUGAACAUCAUUGGGGUGGAGCUGGAGAAUCCUUUUGGGGAGGACACCAACGACUUGCCCUCCUUGGAGACGCACGAAGAGUUCCGCGCCAGCAUCAUGGCCCUGGCGGACCCGCACGCCUGGAUGGUUCCCCGCAUUAAGGGCUCCGCUUCCAUGGAUUUCGAGAAUCUGCGAGACCAUUCUGGCCGAAGGGUGAGCUUGAAGCAACACCUCAGUCAGGCCCAUCUGGAGGAGCACUGGCCCAGAAGCGAUCCCAAGGACGUGAAGGCCACCGACGCUGCAAAUGGUGAGCCUCAAAGUCACCAGCAAAGUCCCAGCCCAAAGUCUGCCCCAGCAGACCUGAGACAGGUGCAGGUGGAAGUCCUUGAGCAGUGGCUCAGUCGCCAGUCUACCAUGCUGGAAACCUUCCUCACCAAACAGCAGAGCCUGAUCGAGCAGAUGGCGAAAUACCGUCAUGUGGAGGUUCGAAGCCCUCCCUCAGUGUUUGGUCCCGAGGGCUGCUGCUCCGUCAGCGGCGUCCGACCCAGGCCUCUCGUUGCGUGA